UUCUGGGGCGUGAUGGCGGCGGUGCGCGUGCGCGUUCGCUCUGAGCCCUCCUCCCGGGAGGGGGAGCUAGCGGGCCAGGGCUAGGGACUGUCAGCCGUGCUCUGUCGGGGUGAAAGGGCGGCGGCGGCGCUGGGCGGGGCCGAGCUCCCGGGCUGCCUGCCGGGCUGCGGAGGGGCCUGCGAGCCGCUGCGGGGCCGCGCGCCGCUCGGGCGGGGCGGGGCCGGUCGAGGGAGCUCGCGCGUGCCCGCACAGUGCUAUCAGCCCCGGCUGCUGAGCUGCCUGCCUGCGGCGACAUCUGCCAGGAAUCUCCAGCAUGACUGAGCUGAGGCAAAGGGUGGCCCAUGGGCUGGAUGCACCGCCCGAGGACAAGGAGUCAGAGUUAGAAGCUAAGUUAGAUGGAGAGACUGCAUCGGACAGUGAGAGCCGGACGGAACCUGCGCCCCCGCCAGCCCCUGCAGACGAUACCCCGGAGGUCCUCAACAGGGCCCUUUCCAACUUGUCUUCAAGAUGGAAGAACUGGUGGGUGAGAGGCAUCCUGACUUUGGCCAUGAUUGCAUUUUUCUUCAUCAUCAUUUACCUGGGACCAAUGGUUUUAAUGAUAAUUGUGAUGUGUGUUCAGAUUAAGUGUUUCCAUGAGAUCAUCACUAUUGGCUACAACGUCUACCACUCCUAUGACUUGCCCUGGUUCAGGACCCUCAGCUGGUACUUUCUACUGUGUGUGAACUAUUUCUUCUACGGUGAGACAGUGACGGAUUACUUCUUCACCCUGGUCCAGAGAGAGGAGCCUUUGCGGAUCCUCAGUAAAUACCACCGGUUCAUUUCCUUUACUCUCUAUCUAACAGGAUUCUGCAUGUUUGUACUGAGUCUGGUCAAGAAGCAUUAUCGACUGCAGUUCUACAUGUUUGGCUGGACUCACGUAACAUUACUGAUUGUUGUAACCCAGUCACAUCUUGUUAUCCACAACCUGUUUGAAGGAAUGAUCUGGUUCAUUGUCCCCAUUUCUUGCGUGAUCUGUAAUGACAUCAUGGCCUAUAUGUUUGGCUUUUUCUUUGGUCGGACCCCACUGAUCAAGCUCUCUCCGAAGAAGACCUGGGAAGGCUUCAUCGGGGGCUUCUUUGCUACUGUGGUGUUUGGCCUUCUGCUGUCCUACGUGAUGUCUGGGUACAGAUGCUUCGUCUGCCCUGUCGAGUACAACAACGAUACCAACAGCUUUACUGUGGACUGUGAGCCUUCGGACCUGUUUCGCCUGCAGGAAUACAACAUUCCUGGGGUGAUCCAGUCGGUCAUUGGCUGGAAAACGGUCCGGAUGUACCCCUUCCAGAUUCACAGCGUCGCCCUCUCCACCUUUGCCUCACUCAUCGGUCCCUUUGGAGGGUUCUUCGCAAGUGGAUUCAAACGAGCCUUUAAAAUCAAAGACUUUGCCAAUACCAUUCCUGGCCAUGGGGGCAUCAUGGACCGAUUUGACUGCCAGUAUCUGAUGGCCACCUUUGUUAACGUGUACAUCGCCAGUUUUAUCAGAGGCCCUAAUCCGAGCAAACUGAUUCAGCAGUUCCUGACCUUGAGGCCAGAUCAGCAGCUCCACAUUUUCAACACUCUUCGGUCUCACCUGAUCGACAAGGGGAUGCUGACAGCUGCCGCAGAGGACGAGUAGGGACCACCAGGGCUGGAGAACAGGAGCAGGACUGAACGAGGGCUGGGUCUCCCAGGCCAGCCCUGCUGCCGUGACUUACACAAUGACGAGGCUUCAACUCACUGUCUUUUUUUGUUUGUUUUUGGUAGGGCAUUUUUUUUUAUUUGUGAAUUCAAAAAACCUGUAUAUACAGUCUAUGUGUUUCUGACUUGGGUUGUGAGUAAGCUGUAGCUUUGAGUUGGAAAGAAGUCAUGGGGCUAAAAACCAUUUGACAAAAGUAUUUUAAACAAAAGUGUUCAACAAUCUGGAAGACGAUGAUGCCCAGCUCAGGAGCGCGUCUGCUUGGUGGUUCAAGACCCCAUCAAUUGAACUGUCUCUGGGCUCAGACAGACACAGAUGUUCAUCUGUGUCUGACCGGUUUGGAGGGCUUCUGCACUGUGUCAGGGGUCACGGCUUGGCUGUCUUUGCUGUACUGGAGAACUUUUCGCCUGGUCUUUUCUAGCAAUCCCAGCUUGGAGCCUUGGGAGGGUUGCCUUCUAUAGGAGGGAGAGGUGGAUGCUUAUUGAUCAGAUAAGGACUCUGUCCUGCAGAGUGUAAAUUAGCUCUGCUUUAUAGUAUGGUUUUACCUUACUUCAUCACAGACUGAAAGAAAGUUUCAGUUUAUAUUUUUUUCAGAAAGCACGAAAAAUUAUUUAUAAUAGUCUGGAGAAAAAACCACACUGUACUAUUUCAAGUGUAUGCAGUAGAAUGUACUGUAACUGAGCCCUUUGCCACGUGUUUUCGGCUCAAGUGUGUCCUGUAGGGCAGUCAGCUAACCGUGUCAUUUUCAGGGACGAUGCCGGCCAUGUUUGUGCUGUAGACUGCUGCUGCCGAGUCCUUUCUGGGGCCUUCCCUUUAGGCAGGGAGCACAGGCCUGUCGAUCAUGCACCCUUUGCCUGAACACCCAUGUAGCUGCUGUGUUGUGUAUAUUUCACUCGUGUAUAUAUCUGUGAAUUUGUUUUAAAAGUCACUUAUUUCUUACAGGGAUGUUAGUUGCACCACGACUUCUUCAUUGAAAUCACAAAGUCCUGCUUAAAAGUAUGGAAAACCUAACCUGAUUAGAGGCUUGACUAUUUUGAAGAUUAAAUGCACACUUUUUAUAUGAUGUGACCAGUUUAAAUGUAUUUUGUAUUUGACUGGGAUAACUUUUGUUGUUGUUAUUUGCUUAAACUGUGAUUUAUUUUUUCCCUCCCUAAUUGUAGGGGUGAGAUUGACUUCAGGAAGACAGAUAAAUCUUUGUCAGACCAAUAAGCGGUAGAGUGUGGGGGAGAGAACUUGCUACCCAAAUGUGUUAAAUUAUUCUGUGCCACGGCUGCUUUCAUUGCCAAUGACUUGCUUCAGCACGUUGGUCUAGUGCUGGUUUGUGUUGUUUUUGCUUGUAAAUUAGCCUCACUGCCUCCCUCGAAGCUCAUGGUCAGCCCAGGCCUCCAGGUCUCCAGCACAUUGGGUAGACAACAGAGCCUUCAAGGUGUUUCAGCUCAUGUGUCACUGUGUGACCUCCCACAUGCAUGCAGGGUUGAAGCAGCUUCUAUCCUUUGAACUUUUACUUCAUUUCAGCUUUUUGGCUUUUCCUGUUCAGGUCUAAGGCCUUCUUAAAAACCAGAUAUGUGCGGUCUUGGGCAGGAUGCAUUGUCCUCAGGGGCCUCACUUUCCCAUGUGGCUUCCCGUGUCUCUGUUCUGCAGUUCGGGCUCAGCAAGUUCACAUCCCUAGAGGCUCCUGUGGGUACCAAGUUAAGGCCCUGGGUGCCCAAAGAAGAAGUGCUUUCAGGCUUUUGUGAAUGCUUGUCCUCAAGACAAGUCAGUAUCUCAGCAGCAGUGACAGGUGAUCAGUAAUGAGAUUGUAGUUUCCUGAUUGGAGAGUGAACCCUGGGUCACUAGACUAGAUACAGAAGGGCAUCCGUUUGUCUCUGUUGUGCCACUGUGGGCAUAUUAUGGAGUCCUUGGGAACAGGCGUCUCACUGGGGCCCGACAACAGAGACUCUUCUCCAGUAGGGCAGCCUUAGGGGUCGGAGCCUGGCAGCACCAGGUGAAGCUUGCAUUCCUUUGUGGACGGGUCACCGAUAAGGGUUUUGGGAAGCAGAAGCCAAAUGCUCACAAGAACUGCCCCCAGGAAGGCCAAGGGAUUGGCUGGGCCUUUAUUUUCUUCUGAUUUCCCCUUUGCUUCCCUGUCAAGUUGUGCCCUACUCCUCUGAGUCACAGGUGCUGCCCUUCCCUGCCAAGUUGUCAGGAGAGCAGCGCCACCUUGUGUCGGUGAAGCACAGUGCGCCGCCUCCUGUGUACAGACAGGUGCGGGCUGUGCUGACACACGCCGGGCUUAGUGAGUGGCACUACCUGCUUUAUACCCAUUUUUUUUGCUCAGAAAUAAAGUGUGACUGAAACCGUA